AUGGCUGCUCGUCUUUUUCAUGCCUUGAAAGAUGAAUCCCAGUCUCUUCGAUUUGUUGUUCAAGAGGCAACUAUAUCUCUUGCUUCAGCAUACAAAGGAGCACCAUUAGCUGUGUUACAAGAUUUGGAGAUACUUCUGCUAAAAAAUUCUCAAGUGGUAUGA